AUGGCCGCUCGUGUUGCUCCUAAGAUGGCUUCCCUCAUGGGAUCUGCCUCCACAAAGGUCGCCCGCCCAAUGGUUCGAUCCAACCUUGGUGCUCAACGUACCUUCACUGCCAUGAGCAAGACCUCCAAGACCGCUUUCCAAGCUGUCAAGCGUCAACAAACCAGCCAAAUCCUCUCCAAGACCACCCAAAUCACCGCCCGCCGCCCAUACUCCUCCGAAAUGGCCAACGCUCUCGUUCAAGCUUCCCAGAAUCUCGGUAUGGGAGGUGCCGCUAUCGGUCUUGCCGGUGCCGGUGUUGGUAUCGGUCUCGUCUUCGCUGCUCUCUUGCACGCCGUUGCCCGUAACCCAAGCAUGCGUGGUCAACUCUUCUCUUACGCCAUUUUGGGUUUCGCUUUCGUCGAGGCCAUCGGUCUUUUCGAUCUCAUGGUUGCUAUGAUGGCCAAGUUCUUGUAA